AUGUCUUCCUCUCCUUGCAAAGAGUCCGCCAACCUCAUCAACCAAAUUUACCAGAUCUAUGAGCUGAUCCAAUCCAUCAUCAAAAUUAUUGGUGAUAUUCAGCUUCUCUGUGGUGCAACGGUUGGGCGGUUUGUUAUCAACGGUUUCCGUCUGUCAGUCGUCAUCAUCCGUUUUAUGAUCAACAUCGUCUUUCUAUUUCUGCCCUUCUCCAGCCCUUUUGAGAAAGCGAAUGUUUCCAAGAACUCUGUCAAAGAUACCGCCACGAGCGAUGUUGCCAAGGAUAUGGCCACAGGUAACGCCAAGGGCAAUACCACGCCCAACACCAGCGAAGUUGUCAUUUCUCAAGACACCUCGAAGGACCCGAAGGAAUCACUCGGCGACGCAAUGCCCCUGCUUGCAACUGGCACGGACCAUACGGUAAAGAAGAAGGUGUAG